AUGAGCUUCAAACACGGGAUAAGUCACGCAUCGCUGCGUGCAGCUGCCAAACGAACGCUUCAAAACGCAACUGUUUACAUGGCUGGGAAUUAUACACAAACGCAGAACGACACUCAAUCACCCAAAGGCCUUUCCACUGCAUGUGUGCAAAGCUCAAAUGAAUGGGAGCAGUCCCGGUUGUCCUUCACACCAUCUGGGAAUCCCACAACCAAUGAUAGCUGCAUGGAGGGAUCAGCCGCGAAAAAGCCCCUGUUGUGCAGCCCUAAGCUUGGACCAAAAGUGCACCACAUUACCUGGAACAGAAUACUCUGUACGGUCGGUGACAGCUUCGGCAAUAGUGAGAAAGAGCCAUGGUGGUGUCAGCGGCGAAGAUGCCAGCUGGUGAUCAGGCGCAUAUCAGACUCAGUAAUACUUCGCACACUGACUUUGAGCUUUGGCAGUAGGGAGCCUCAGUCAGCUGUUAGGCAGUGA